UUUAAAAAAAUGGCAAAAAAGUCCUGCUUCAGCUCUCUCUGUUUGGCAUUUGGAUCACAUAUGAUCGAUUCUCGUUUACUUGAUAAUCGAUCUCGGUGAUUUACUUUGGAGUUUUGUGUGGGUUUGUCCUUGGUUUGCAUAAUCUUUUUUUGUGACGUCUCUGUUUCUGCUCAAUCCAAUUCAAUCCAGAAUUUUUGAGUCUCAAAAGUUUCGCUUUUUUUCGAGUCUGUUCUCCAGAGGGUUUUAUGGGUUUCUCAUGGAGACUGGUUGGAAUCUAAGAUUUCAAAUGUGUUGUUUUCUCUGAUCUUGUUUGGUGAUGCCGUAUCAUCAGAAUUGAGGUGAGAGAUGGAGGAUGUGUCCGAGUCUUAUGAUAUUGAGACCUCCAUUAUCCACCUUCCAGACGAUUGCCUUUCCUUUAUCUUCCAACGACUUGAUAAUGUUGCUGACCGUGAAUCGUUCGGUUUGACUUGUCAUCGCUGGCUCAACAUCCAGGACAUAAGCCGUCGAUCUCUACAGUUCCAGUGUUCACUUACUGUCCUGAACCCUUCAAGUCUGUCUCAGACAAACCCUGAUGUAAAUUCACAUCAUCUCCAUACGCUUCUCACUCGGUUUCAGUGGUUGGAGCAUCUUUCCCUUUCUGGCUGCACGGUCCUGAAUGAUCAGAGUCUGGCCUCUCUCAGGUAUCCAGGUGCAAGACUCCAUAGUCUCUACUUAGAUUGUUGCUAUGGGGUUUCUGAUAAUGGGAUCUUCACAAUUGUUAGCUUCUGUCCUAAUCUAAGAGUCGUUAGUCUCUACCGAUGCAAUAUCAGUGACAUUGGGUUAGCAACAUUGGCCAGAUCUUCUUUGCCUUUAAAAUGCGUGAAUCUCUCGUAUUGCCAUCUGGUGACCGAUUUUGGAGUAAAAGCAUUGUCAAAAGCAUGCUUGCAGCUUGAGUCAGUGAAGAUCUCAAACUGCAAGAGCAUAACCGGAGUUGGCUUCAAUGGCUGCUCCCCAACUCUAGGCUAUGUGGAUGCUGAGUCUUGUCAGCUUGAGCCGGAGGGUAUAGCGGGGAUCAUUAGCGGAGGCGGCAUUGAAUUUCUAAACAUUUCAGGUGCAAGCUGCUACAUCCCCAAAGAUGGGUUGGUACCUAUGGGAUCAGGGAUUGCAUCAAAACUUAGAAUCUUGAACCUGAGGAUGUGCAGAACUGUUGGCGAUGAAUCCAUCAAAGCUAUAGCACAAGGCUGCCCGUUGCUCCAAGAGUGGAACUUGGCUUUGUGUCAUGAAGUCAGGGUCUCUGGAUGGGAAGCCGUGGGAAAGUGGUGCCGAAACUUGCAGAAACUCCAUGUGAACCGUUGUAGGAACCUCUGUGACCAAGGGUUGCUUGCUCUGCGAUGCGGUUGCAAAAACCUCCAGAUUAUCUACAUGAACGGGAAUGCCAGGCUGACCCCAACAGCAAUUGAGAUGUUCAAAUUACACAGAGCCGAUAUCACACUCAAGGCAGAAGAAAUAAUGGUUAUAGGACCAGAUUGGAGACUGUAUGCUCGAGGAUGAAGCAUUAAUUUGUACCACUGUGAUGGUCUGUCAAGUUUAGACCAAUGUGUUGGUCUGUCAAGUUUAGACCAAUGUGUUGGUCUAUCCAAAGGCAAACUGCAAGAAAAAAUGUAUUCUAAAGCAGUCUUCUAUAAUGUAAUAAAGUAUAUAAAAUCUUUCAUCGUUCAACAGUGA